GUCAUCGUCUUCAAAACAAAACCCUAAAACCUCCAUCAACGCCGGAGGAAGAAAUUUUGUGUCCUUUACAAUCGCAGCGAUGAAGGAAGAAGAAGUAAACCGAUGCCAGAUUCAGAACUGGUAUCCAAAAUUCAAAUCCUUAACCAUCAAAACCAAAUUUCUCAAAUUGCCAGAGUCAUUCAUCAACUACCUCUCCGACGAUUCUGGUCCGUUUCUUCUCCCUGAUUCCGUAACACACGAAGACGCAAUGCCCAAUAGAGUCCACAAUUUCGAAGAAGAAGACGAUUUUCAAGUCUCCGAAGGUUCAGAUGACGAAGCAGAGACGCCAUUGAAUCUCCCUUCUUUCCCAGAACUCGAAACAGAGAUCAAGGAAUCAAUCGAAACCCUAGGCGGUACGGUUCUACCGAAGCUGAAUUGGAGUGCACCAAAAGAUGCAGCUUGGAUUAGUCCAUCGCAGAAUCUUAGCUGCACUUGUUUCAAUGAGAUUGCUCUCUUGUUUCGUUCCUCAGACUCGUUGGUCCAUGAUCUCUGCAAUGCUUAUGAUUCUUGUAGUGACAAAGUCUCUUCCAGGCCAGAAAGUUUCUACCUUGCGUUGAGAAAAUGGUAUCCUUCUUUAAAGCCUGAGAUGGAGUUUAGAUGCUUUGUGAAAUCAAACGAGCUUGUUGGGAUUUGCCAGCGUGAGGUUACUACAUUUUACCCUAUUCUUCUCAAUGAGAAGGAUUUGAUCAAGGGGUUGAUUGAAGAGUUCUUUGAUGAUAACAUUAGGUUGGAGUUUGAAUCAGAGAAUUACGCUUUUGAUGUUUAUGUGACGAAGGAGAGGAGAGUUAAGCUAAUUGAUUUCAAUACUUGGUGUGGUUCUACAUUGCCAUUGAUGUAUACAUGGGAAGAACUUGAGAAGAUUCAUGGUGAAUGUGAUGAAUUGGAAUUGAGGAUUGUUGAGAGCCGUCGCAGCGUGCUUCCUGGUUUGAAAACUGCUGUUCCUUAUGAUUAUCUUGACGUCAGUUCUGGUAGUGGUUGGGAUCAGGUUUUUAAGAAAGCUGAAGAGGAGCUUCGGAAUGAAGUUGCUUGAGCUUUUUGGUCGAAGAUGUGCUGUUACGAAUCAAGAAGACUUCAAGAUUCUUGGAUGUUUGAAGACUAGACAAUAUUUCUUUGUAUAAUCGUAGUUGUGCCUACAUCGAUAAGUGUUGUCGUCCAUUGUUGUUCUACGACUGUUUAGAUCUGUUUUUGUCUUUGUAUACAGUCUUUUCUUCUACAAAGAAUUGUGUUGAGAGGCCAAUUGUUGUGAUUGGUUUCUCAUUAUCAAAUUUGUGGCCAUGUUACAUGAAUGUUGCAUUAGUUUGUUUA